UGCAAGGCUUCCUCUUCUUCCCCCUCCUAUCCACCCCGGCAAGUGUCCAGCGAGAGGCAGGGCAGGUCACCUCGGGCGGCGCCAUGUGCGAUGCUUGAGCGGGUGGCUGACAACUGGUGGCUGGCGAGGGAGGCGGUGUCGGCGGUGAUGGGGCUCUGGGGCUGGCCGUGGGGGCGGCGGGGCCCGUCGGGCUUCGGCUCGGCCUCCACCGCCGAGGAGGUCACCGCCGGCGUCGACGCCACCAAUCUCACCGCCAUCGUCACAGGAGCUACAAACGGGAUUGGAAAGGAAACAGCUAGAGUUCUAGCGCUGCGGGGAGCGAAAGUGAUCAUACCAGCAAGGACACUGGCGAGUGGCCAGAAGGUCAAAGAGAGCCUUGCAGACCAGGUCCCAAGCUCCAAGCUUCAUGUCAUGGAGAUGGACCUGAGCUCCCUCAGCUCCGUCCGCAACUUCGCACGGUCCUUCGACUCGUCGCAUGAGCACCUGAACAUCCUCAUAAACAAUGCAGGGAUUAUGGCCUGCCCUUACCAGAUAUCCGAGGAUGGGAUUGAGCUGCAGUUUGCGACGAAUCAUGUUGGCCAUUUCUUGCUGACAAGUCUCCUACUCGACAAGAUGAAAUCAACUGCCAGAGAGACCGGUGUGCAAGGCAGGAUCAUAAACGUAUCUUCAGUCGCACAUAAAAGAAGUGAUGGAACAUGCUUUGAGCUGAAAAAGCUAAACGACAAGGCUAGGUACCACCCAUUCAUUGCUUAUUCACAUUCCAAAUUGGCCAAUAUUCUCCAUGCAAAUGAGCUGUCCAGGCGUUUUCAGGAAGAAGGAUGCAAUCUAACAGCGAAUUCCCUGCACCCUGGAGUAAUCUUCACUAAUAUCGUCCGCUAUAUCGCAGGAAACAGUGCGCUACUUCCAGUUCUCUCCCCACUGGCAAAACUAGUUCUGAAGGGCGUACCCCAGGGAGCUGCAACUACUUGCUACCUGGCAUUGCACCCAGAUCUGAAAAAUGUAUCCGGCAAGUACUUUGCGGAUUGCAAUGAAGCGACACCAACCGCGGUCGCAAGAGAUGCAGAGCUGGCGAAGAAGGUAUGGUUGUUCAGUGAAGAGCUUGUAGGGACCAAUGCGGCGAGCAAACCCAAAUGAUAUGUCCCUAUCCAUAUGUGCUGUGGCUGCGAGCCUAUGAGAGUACCAAUGUUGAAAAUGUAACUUUUCUAAAAGAUGCCAAGAAUAUGAAACAAUUGAUAGUGUGCAUGAAUGGAUGCAGAGGUGUUUGGCUAGAUGUUUUUGAGCUUGAAUUAUCAGGAAAUAUCAUGACUCAUGACUGCAUUAGCAGAUACAGUAACGGUCUUCGCGAAUGAAGUGAACAUUUAGGAGGAAUGUUAAAAGGAGAAGGUUCAUUAGGUUCUCAAGGGACAUUGUAAAGACUCUUGUAGGAAAUUUUAAAAAGAUGAUGUUUGUAUAGAUA